GUUUUAAUGCAUUAUUGAAACGACAAACACACCUACAGUGGUUUCCUGUUGACAGAUCCCAUAUUUUGAAAGCUUGAGGUAUUUUAUCAUGAAACAUGCCUGGUGGAAAAUUUGAAGCAUAGGAAUCUGCCAAACACCUGAAUAAAGAAUUCCUCACCUCACCACUACCAUGACUAACCAGGAGAAGUGGGCCCACCUGAGCCCCUCAGAAUUUUCUCAACUUCAGAAAUAUGCUGAGUAUUCUACAAAGAAAUUAAAAGAUGUUCUUGAAGAAUUCCAUGGUAAUGGUGUACUUGCAAAGUAUAAUCCAGAAGGGAAACAAGACAUUCUUAACCAAACAAUAGAUUUUGAAGGUUUCAAGCUCUUCAUGAAGACAUUUCUGGAGGCCGAGCUUCCCGAUGAAUUCACAGCACACCUUUUCAUGUCAUUUAGCAACAGGUUUCCUCACACCAGCCCCAUGGUCAAGAGUAAGCCUGCUCUCCUUUCAGGUGGCCUGAAGAUGAAUAAAGGUGCCAUCACCCCUCCUCGCGCUUCGCCUGCAAACACGUGUUCCCCAGAAGUUAUCCAUCUGAAGGACAUUGUCUGUUACCUGUCUCUCCUGGAAAGAGGAAGACCUGAGGAUAAACUCGAGUUUAUGUUCCGCCUCUAUGACACGGAUGGGAAUGGCUUCCUGGACAGCUCGGAAUUAGAAAACAUCAUCAGCCAGAUGAUGCAUGUGGCAGAAUACCUUGAAUGGGAUGUCACUGAACUUAAUCCAAUCCUUCAUGAAAUGAUGGAAGAGAUUGACUAUGAUCAUGAUGGGACCGUUUCUUUGGAGGAAUGGAUCCAAGGAGGAAUGACCACAAUCCCACUUCUUGUGCUCCUAGGCUUGGAAAACAACGUGAAAGAUGAUGGACAGCAUGUGUGGAGACUCAAGCACUUUAACAAGCCUGCCUACUGCAACCUCUGCCUGAACAUGCUGAUCGGCGUGGGCAAGCAGGGCCUCUGCUGCUCCUUUUGCAAGUACACUGUGCACGAGCGCUGUGUGGCCAGAGCGCCUCCUUCUUGCAUCAAGACCUAUGUGAAGUCCAGGAAGAACACUGAUGUCAUGCACCAUUAUUGGGUUGAAGGCAACUGCCCAACCAAGUGUGAUAAGUGCCAUAAAACUGUCAAAUGUUACCAGGGCCUGACAGGACUGCAUUGUGUAUGGUGUCAUAUCACACUGCAUAAUAAAUGCGCUUCUCAUCUGAAACCGGAAUGUGACUGCGGACCUUUGAAGGACCAUAUUCUGCCACCCACAACAAUCUGUCCCGUGGUUCUGAACCUGCCCACUUCAGCAGUUUCAGUCCCUGAGGAAAGACAAGCAACAGUGAAAAAGGAAAUGGGUGGUUCCCAGCAGCCAAACAAAGCAACUGACAAGAACAAAAUGCAAAGAGCCAACUCAGUCACUGUGGAUGGACAAGGCCUGCAGAUCACUCCAGUUCCUGGCACUCAUCCACUUUUAGUUUUUGUAAACCCCAAAAGUGGUGGGAAGCAAGGAGAACGAAUUUACAGAAAAUUCCAAUAUCUACUAAAUCCUCGUCAGGUUUACAGUCUUGCUGGAAAUGGACCAAUGCCAGGGUUGAACUUUUUCCGUGAUGUCUCUGACUUCAGAGUGUUGGCCUGUGGCGGAGAUGGCACUGUGGGGUGGAUUUUGGACUGCAUAGAAAAGGCUAAUGUAGUCAAGCAUCCCCCAGUUGCCAUUCUGCCCCUCGGGACCGGUAAUGAUCUGGCAAGAUGCCUGCGAUGGGGAGGAGGUUAUGAAGGUGAAAAUCUGAUGAAAAUUCUAAAAGACAUUGAAAACAGCACAGAAAUCAUGUUAGACAGGUGGAUGUUUGAGGUCAUCCCUAAUGACAAAGAUGAAAAAGGAGACCCAGUGCCUUACAGUAUCAUCAAUAACUACUUUUCCAUUGGCGUGGAUGCCUCCAUUGCACACAGAUUCCACAUCAUGAGAGAAAAACACCCAGAGAAAUUCAACAGUAGAAUGAAGAACAAAUUUUGGUAUUUUGAGUUUGGAACCUCUGAAACUUUCUCAGCAACCUGCAAGAAGCUACAUGAAUCUGUAGAAAUAGAAUGUGAUGGAGUUCAGAUAGACUUAAUAAACAUCUCUCUGGAAGGAAUUGCUAUCUUGAAUAUACCAAGCAUGCAUGGAGGAUCCAAUCUCUGGGGAGAGUCUAAGAAAAGGCGAAGCCAUCGCCGGAUAGAGAAGAAAGGGUCUGACAAGAGGACCACACUCACAGAUGCCAAAGAGUUGAAGUUUGCAAGUCAAGAUCUGAGUGAUCAGCUGCUGGAGGUGGUUGGCUUGGAAGGAGCCAUGGAGAUGGGGCAGAUCUACACAGGACUAAAAAGUGCUGGGAGGCGGCUGGCUCAGUGCUCCUCUGUGGUCAUCAGGACUAGCAAGUCUUUGCCAAUGCAGAUCGAUGGGGAACCAUGGAUGCAGACCCCAUGCACAAUAAAAAUUACACACAAGAACCAAGCCCCAAUGCUGAUGGGCCCUCCUCCAAAAACUGGGUUGUUCUGCUCCCUCGUCCAAAGAACAAGAAACCGAAGCAAGGAAUAAUCCCUGUGUCGUUUCAUUCUUAGAGAUCUAAUUAUCAUAAUUGGGCCAUGGAAAACUUAUGCUGGAAAUCUUUGAAUCCUUUCAAGUCUCCUACUCAUGCAAAAUCAUGGAAUUGAUUUAAUGGCUUUUGUUACUGAGUUCAUGUAAAACUCAUCUAUUAGAAAAUUUGUCUGAGUUCUUAUGGGCAUCCUUGCAUGAAGAAAGCAGAAGUUUACGUGAAGUGAUACUGCAUAUUUUUGUUGCAUGCAUUCCUAUAGGUUUUCAUGUCUACCAUCCAUUCCUCCCCACGUUCUAUUUCGUAACCUGUGAUUAAAAAACUAAACAAAAAAAACACACGUUUAAACAUAAAAAAAGGAAAUACCGUGGAAAAUGUGACUCUCGGUGUGAUUUCAGUUAUCAAUAAGUACUGAUCAGUAAUGCUACACUGAUCAAAGUUGCAGAUUACUUUAGUUUUUCCCUUUUAGAAUCAGUAUACCAAUAGUCUUUGACCUAUGACUUGAGGAGAAACUUUUCUCGAACGAUUUUAUUAAAUAGUGGUAUAUGAUACCUUGUUGUACCUAUUUUUUUCUUUAACUUCUUAAUGCUUCUGAGUGGAAUUUAAAAUGUCAGCCAUAAAAUUUUCUUGUGCUGAAAAAGAGAAAGUGGUUUUUUAUUUUGUUUAGUUUUGUUUUUUAUUCCAGAAAUAAGUGAAAACAUGUUACUUAGCAGUAAGGUGUGGUACUAUGACAAGCCUUAUUCCUUUCUGCAUGUAAAUCUAGGAGAUUAUUCAUAACCACAUCAGUAACCAAAUAGGUGUUUUAAACUAUGUGCCUAACAAGCUGUGUUUCCCACCAAAGAUUCACAAAACGAUGCCUGAGAGAAAUGUUUUAAUAAUUAAUUAUGGGGGAAAUUUAUGGUUCUUAUGAUUAAUUCUGUGAUGACUAAAACUGUGGAAGAGAGUGAAUUACCCAUUAAUUAUAAUUAAAAUUCUCAUCGUUCAGAAAUAGUGGGUCAUACAACAUUAUCAAAGCUCAAUAUUAUUAACUUAACAGAAGUUAUACACAAAAAGCUGAUUUCUUGCUUUUUUUUUUUUUUUUUUUUUUUUGUCCGUUGUAUAACUGUCUAUAAUUUUUCAUGGAUCAGUUAAGUCCACUUGAGAAAGUAUAUGGUUGUAUCAGUUUUUUCUAAUAUAAAUUGAUACCUGUAAUAAUAUUGAGCUCACUGAGAAAAAACAUGCAUGCAGUUAGCCUCCUCACCUACUCCACUCCCAUCUCUAUGACUUUUUAAAUGUGUAUUUGGAAAUAACGGUCUAGAUUAUUGUUUAAUAUAUUCAUGGCAUUGUUGGAUUUUCUGAGUGUCUAAGAAAAUUGUGGAAUAGUACUUUCCUAGUGUUUCAUUUAACCUAUGAUAUAAAGUGAAAUGCUAUUCUGAGCAGUUCAGUGUUGUUCAUUCAUAUUGACCUGAGCCUCAUCUUUGCAUGUUUUAUGUUUUCAAACAUGCCAUAAGGAAAACAAGUGCUUGAAAUGCAUGAUUUAUUAGUUUCUCUCACCACUCUGCAUUAAAGUACUAAUGAUUUAUCAGUUCUGUUUUUUUAUUGAUUCGUUCAUCUUUGCAUAAAAAGCAUUUAGUGAUUCUGUUGAACACAAUCCUGUGCAUGGAUUUAUGGAUUUCAAGUAAAAUUGCUAUAAUUUUAGUUCUUCGGUUUGAAAAUUCAUGUGAAUGCUGUUGUAUGAAAUAGCUAGUCUCAAGCAAUGUAUUGUAGUGGAAGAUUAUGUAUAAAAAAUAUUCUUUUUUGUGUUCCAGGAACAUUAGGUGGUAAAUAUCAAUCAACGAUAAGUUUAAUUGCUUUGAAAAUAAAAGCUUUGAAUAAAAUUAAUACAUAAUUUAGCAUUCCCAAGAAAACUAUUAUUACAAUUGCAAAUGUAGCACAGCAAUCCCUUUCCUUAGUGCACAUAUUUUUAAAAUGGUAUUUGGCAGAACAGUAAAUUAUACCAAAAGAAAUUUCAAAACAGUGAAAAAUGCAUUGCUGAUAUAAUGUUACAUAACACACACAUUUUGUGUGUAGUAUCUAUGGUUGCAGGUAAUAAAUAUUUUCACAUACACUGACAAAAUUGUGUAUAAUGGUCAGACAAGCCUUGUGUCAAAUACAUAUUCUGAAGCCACAUAUUAUUUUAUGUUCAGUACAACAUGCAAUUAUUUCUUGGCCACGUUUUAGAGUAUAUAGUUUGAAGGCUGCAGCACUUUGUGAAUCAUUCUUAACGAUCUGUGCAGUAGAAAAGACAGUGGGAUGAGACAAAUCAAACAACCGGCCUCUAUGACUUCAAUAAUUGAAAUAAUGGGAUGCAGAUUUACAACUAUCAUCACUGUUACUAGUCAUUCCAUUUUCAGCCAAUGGGAAUCACUGGUAACAAUAAUAGAUACUCAAGUAGCGAUCAAAUUUUACAUUUCAAAACUCAUUUUCUAAAGAUACUCAUUCGCUUGCCCCUCAAGUACACUACUCAUGGGCUUUGGGAAGCAGUUUAUAAAAGCCCACUUUGAUGGUUUUAAAAUAUUCUUCCCAUUUUUAUGAUAGCUUCAAGGGAAGAAUAUUUACUUAAAGAAGAUUUCUAAACUGAAAGUUCUAUGGUAGAUUAAACUACUGAAUAAUGAAUGUUAGCUUUACAAGAUUCAAUUUUUUCUUGUGUGUGUGUGGGUGACUGAGUUGUUGGGUCAACCUCUUUAAAUAUGGUAGACCUAGCAGUAUAAAGUUAUACAUGGAUGAAGCUCUUAAAUAAACCCUGAGUUGAUAAGGGUUGAAGGAAAAGGGGAAAAGAGAUAUGCACUUUGGGAAGCAUUGUCAUACAGUUAGCUGAUAAACAGAGAAAGAGAUUUCAAAAUAAACCUGAACAGCCAUGCUUCUAAUAGGAAUGAGGUCUCUAUGUAGAGCCAGAAAUUUUAAAGGAUGUAUUUUUCUACUUAGAUAUAUAUAUAUAUCAUGUGUAUUUGAUUCAAAAAGUGCAUGUCAGCUUAUUAUGGAGAAAGAAGAUAUAUGGUAGGAAGAGAAAAAAAUAACAUUUAAAUUUUUUAUUUUUUAAACAGGUAAUCAUGAUUAUAACCAGAAUAAAGCAAAAGGCUUUAUUUAUGUUUAGGGACCCCUACUAUAGGCAGAAAUUGAAAUCCAAUGAGAAUAAAUAGAUCAUAUUUAUGGUUCAGUAUCUUGUUAUUUUUCCCCCAUUUCUUUAGAGGGAUGGGAAGCAAUUGCAAUUUUCAAGAAAGAAUCUGUUUUGAAUCUUGUACUAUAUUGUACUUGAAUGAGACAAAACUUUUAAAUGGCUCCAUUCACUUUUUGUGUCAAAGUUAGUUCCACUGUUUAUUACUUACAAAGAUAAAAAUGUAAUUUUCAUAAUACAUAUAGCCCCAUCAACUUAUUCAAAUCCAAUACAUAUAUUCUAAAUUUAAAAAGAUCGAGCCCUUAUACAUUGAAGUGUAAAGUUUAAAUAAACAAAGCAAAGAGAAACCUGCAAAAGAGCUUUUAUUUUGUGAAAGGCAGCAAUCACUUCUUAAAUCCCCCAGUUAAAUUGCAUUCUAUUUAAAUAAACUUUGGAUAAACUCACAUUGGAAGGAUUCUGUACAUCCUUAUUGUGUUUACCAUGCUAUUCAUUUAAUUACAGUAUCUUAUUUUCUCAGAAAGUGUUAUAUAUGGUAUUCUGUUUUUGAAAUAAAAAUGUUAACUGUUCA